GGGAAAAUGGAGAAAGGGUUUUGUUUUCUUUGUUGGUGAUGGUCAAUCUCAAUAGCAAAAUACUAUUGAGCAUAUGUUGUUGGCGUGUGGAUCCAUCAAUCCAAUGGCUAUCAAAAAAUUUGGUUGAGAAAAAGAAAGGAAAGAGAGGGAAACAAUGACGUAGAGUAGAGAGUAUAAUUAAAGGUCUUGAACAGGUGAGGGGAGUCAACAGGCAGCUGAAGAAUUCAAUUCAGGCCCCCCUUUAGCUUUUAUUUCCCAGUCAAAAGGGCAAAAAUCUGAGAGCAUGCAGAUUUAUGAAGACAAAUUCCUGUGCCAAAGGACAGUAAAAGAAGAAAAGAAAAAGUUUGAUUUGCUCAUUCAAAUCAAGAAAACAGAGAGAGGGCCAUGAGCCAUGCUCAUGGAUUUCUCUGAUUCUACUGGAAAUGGGAAUCAAUCAAAAUGGCCAACAAAAGAGAAACUCGUAGGGCCCCUCCCUCCAUUGUGCCUCAAAAGCAACGUUUGAUGCUGAAGAGUAUCAAGUGGUUGUCUCUCUUUUCUUCUCUCCCUCUUCUACUUCUUCUUCUUCCUCCUCUUUUUUGAGCUCUCUCUUCCCUGUGGCUCCACUCAUCUCUUUUUCUGACCUAAUCCACUUUCCAUUGCUUAAUCCUCUACCCAAAACCCUCACCCCUCAUCUAUCACACAUAUAAAAACUUAAUUUUUCUUAACCCCUUCUAGAAUAAGAGAGAGUUGAGCAUAUUCUAUAAAUGAAAUGCCUGUUUUGAGCGUAAACUGAACGCUUACUUCGAUCCUGACUGCCGACUGAAUCAGGCUUUCUUAAUUAAGCCCCAUUCUUCUUCUUUCUCUUCCCUUGAAUUUGCCCCCUAUUCCCACAGCCUAACUUACUGUCUGUCUCCUUUCCUCAAGAAAGCUACCUUAUUCUCCCACAUCCCCCUUCUUAUAAAAUCUCUCCCUUUCUCUCUCUAAACCCCUUAUUUUUUUACCCUUUGGAUUCACAUCUCAGUUGGGAGGUUCAAAUGUCGAGGAAAUCGAGCAAGCGAGUCAGCUUCAGUCCUGAUGUGAAUGAUAAGCCACCAGUCGUGCUGAAACACAGCGGCAGCGACGGCGGUGGUGGCGCCGGGAUGUGGAGCUUCGGCCUGAGCAGAGAGACGAGGUACCUGCCAGUGAGGUUUCUACAGAGCCUCAAGGCCAGGGUAAGUGAAGCCAUUCGCUUUGUAUCCACCAGAAAAUCWUCACGGAAGGUAUCUUCAGCCUCCACAUUUACAAGGUCAAGGUCAGUCUCGGAUUCCAUGGACUCCCAUCGAGCCGAAGCUAUUGAAGAUUGCAUUGAAUUCUUAAACCACUCUUCAUCCCUGUCAAGAUCAAAUUCAGUCUCUGGAAGUAGUUACUGAAAAUCCUCUACUCAUGGGAAUGUAAUGCAUGUAAAAUUUAGUCGAUAUUUUAGACAUUCUUUUGCGUGCCUGGCUCUGUAACAUGCUUUAGCAGAUGAUGAUAGAGUUUCAGCCUUGGAAGCUCAAGAAUUUUACGUCUAUCUAAAUGCCAUGAACAU